AUGGCAAAGGCUGCUUUAGAUCAGUUGACACGUGGCCUUGCUGUUGAACUCAUUGCUGAAGGAGUUCGUGUGAAUAGCCAACCUGAGGAUAUUGCGAAUUUGAUCGCAUUCCUAGCUGAUCGUAAAGCAUCACGCUAUAUCAUUGGCCAAACUAUCAUUAUCGAUGGGGGUUCAAUGCUGGUGACUGCUUCGAAUGCAAAUGUCAACGAAGAAAAAUAG